AUGCCUACCAUUUCUUUACGCUUGCCCGCUGCCGAUCGGAACGGCAACACGGCAUCGAAUGCACUCCCGCCCCUCCUGCAGACCCCCUCAGGACUCGCCAUUCUCGAGCUCCAGGGCAGCGUGCUGGCUGAGCACGGCGACGUGGAGGGGUCCACGGCCGUACUGCCGCUUGGCAAGCUAGUGUUUCCAUCUGCUGACGGCCAGGAUGGCGGUGACUGGGAUGGCAAGCGGGUCUUCCUCUUCGUGGGAAAACACCAGCGAAUGACGGGCGAGGUGAAGAAGCUCGCCAAACCGUUGGCAAUCGUCCGGCGGAGGAGGCCUGAUGUUUCUGCUGACGACGACGAUGCUCCUCCUGCUGCUGGGGAUGAGGUGGAGAUUGCGGAAAUCGCUCACUUCAAGAUUCUCUUCACGCAUCGACCGGAGCCAAUGGGUGGUGACCAAGAAGAAUUUGUGCUUGAGGAUUAG